CAUUAUUUUACUUAUUUCAAAAAUUAUCGAUUCAAAAAUAAUAUAAUAAGUAAAAUAGAGUUGUAAAAUAGAAAACCUUUUCCUAGAACCCCCAAUUUUGGACUUGCAAAUACCUUAAAAUAUUUAAAAUCUUUAUUAAAAAGUCUAAAAUGAACUACAUUAUAGAAGUCUGUCCUUUAAAAAUUUCAGAGCACAAACCCCGACCUUUUCUGCAUAGAAAAACAGCAAUUUUAUAUGUAAUGAGUUCAUAUACUUAAUGCUAGAAGUUUUUUUGAUUUAGGAAUACAUGAAAUUUAGAGAAAAAUGUUGCAAACCUUUAAUUUAAAUAGAGCAUUUAAACAUUAAAUGUAUUUGUUAAUAAAAGGAUUAUUUCCGACCAUUAUAGACUGGAGCGCCUAGAUUAUGCUAUUUAUUGAUAUUUUAGAAAUUGAUAGACAGCAACAAAGGAAUAAUUUUUUAUUCAUACGCCCAUAAUCAAUAUUUAACUGUCCAACUGAAAAAAUUCCGAUAUUUGAUCAUUAUCACAUCACUGAAGGCUAUAAGAAUUAUUACCACAAAAUAAAUGAAUUUGAUGUACUUUAGAAAUGCACGUAACAAGUCAGCACUGCUUUAGAUAUAUUAUUUUUAAUCGCAAAAAGAAAAUAAACUUUGGUUGGGAUUCUCCUUUAGUCUGCUAUAGCAAAUAUUGUAAACUUUUUUGAAAUACAUAGACGAGAACUCUGAUUAGUUAAAGCUUUUUUUUUCAAAUAUUUAUUUUCUUUUUUUAUAAAUUUUACAAUAUCAUUCGAAAGUAACUGGGAACCGAAGGACUGUAAGCCAUAAGGGUUGCGGAAAUUUUGUCUUUAAUUAACUUUUAAAGCUUUUUAAACGCACACGAGAUAUUCUUAUAAUUUAUUUGUAUGAAAUACUAAAUUAACGAGGUUUUGUUUUUAGUACAAAUGAUAUGUCAACUUUUAUUCACAAACCCCAGUCUUUGGUAGAAAGAAAGAAACAACAGUGGGCCCGAGAGAAAGGUAAACUAAUUUUGCCACACAUUAGACCAAGUCGCGCAUAUCAUUUUUCGUUUUCUUCAGAAGAACUAUCUCGACUUAGAACACCUUGGGGCAAAGAGAUUAUCCAAACUAGAUCAAGACAACUUUCUCGAGCUAGUUCAAAUUCUGAUCUUUACCCUCCUAAUAACGAACUAAAUCGCCGACCUAGUUUGCCGCCAAUACACCAAAGUCCUACUUCUUCGUACGAAGAACACGAAAAAGAUUUUGGUGGCGAGACGUCAGGUUAUGGAAGCGACAAUCCCAAUCACACUCCAGAACAAAGAAAGUGGAAUGAGCAAUACGCCAAUCCUUGGGGGAGUCAAUCGGACGUUAAAACGUUUUGGGAGACACCAGAUGAAAUUAGUAAAAUUAAGGAUGCCCCGGGAUGGUUAAAAAGGGGACUACAACGAAACGUGGAAUUGAUCGUAGCAAACAGUUCGCCAUCAGAAUCUCCAGAACAAGAUUAUAAGCAUGAUUUUGAUCAUGAUAGGCCAAGUACCGGCUCAAGUGGCUCUCAAACUCGUUCGUUUAUUAGAGGCCAAAAUAUACCACUUGAUCCUGUUGAAGUGGCGGAAAGGGAACAGAAACGACAAAGAGCUUUAGCUCAUCAGGAAGCCAUCAAACUUCAGCUAGAAGAGAAAGAACGGAAAAAGAAAGAAGAACGGGAACGAAAGUUGAACGAAGAAAGAAUGGAAGAAGUUAGAUUGGAAAAAGAACGCGAAAUUGAAAGGGAGCGAGUAGAAAGAGAACAGAAGGCGUUGAAGGAAAAACAAGAGAAAGAGCAAAAACGUAAAGAAGCAAUGAAGCAGGCAUUAGAAUUGGCUCAGAAACAGGCGGAAGAAAUGCGAAAACAGAAAACUAGAACAAACGUCAUUUUACCAGAAUGUUCCGCUGAAAAUCCAGAAAAGUGCCAAAAACCUGAAAGUAAAGAAGAAGUCGAAGACAGCAAAAUAAGGAAGCAGUUAAAAGAAAUCGAUACCUCUUUUGAAGAAACUGAAAUUAAAAAGGUUUCCCAAGAAAGUAGUAAUAAGAUUUUAGAUAAUUCAAUAGAUUGUGCUGUAAAUAAUAGACCAGGUACUUCAGCAAAAUUAAUUCAGACUCCGAACCAACACCUAAUAUUACAACCGUCUUUAGAAACAAUAAAUUCAAUGCCAUUUGCACUACUAAUGUCAAAUGGCAACGGAGGGACUUCGUUAGUACCCAUCGCAAUUCCAAUUACAACAUUUGGCGAAGAACAAUCACCGAAAAGGACUAUUAAUCGCGUUUUAACCCCCUCUUCUUAUAGGCAUAGAAAGUUUCGUAACAGUAGCACUCAGACUGAUAGCUCAUUUCUGUUGGAUCGAAGAAAAUGCAAUAAAAACAGGAUCAGUGCUCAAAAGAAAAGAAUUUUUAGCAAUUACGAGAGCAGUAGAAGGGGGAGCAGGGUGGGAACUUCCGACAGUUUGAAUUUGAGUGACAGGCCAAAAUGGGGUGCAAAUAGACCCCACACUCGUUAUUUAAAACAAAGCGAAAAAGAUCUUCUCUAUCAAAGGAGGAAAUCAAGAACGAAAAGGUGCCAAUCACGAAAUUACGAAAGGAAAGACAAUAACUAUUCGCCACACUCUAGUGACGACAGUGAAACUGCGAGUGCGAAUGUAUAUUCUAACAAUGAAACAAUAAAGAAAAGGACCCGAGCUUUGUGGCAAAAACAGGAUAAUAUAAGUGGAUUGAAUCCACUGAAAACAGAAAUUAUUCCCUUGGAAACACACAACAACCAAAUUUAUUACAAGUUGCCUGAAUGUGAAAAGUGCUUCUGUCGUUGUCAUAAUAGUAAUACUACUACUACCGAUAUUUUAAAAAUAGACCACGACACCAAAAAUAAUAAUCUGAAUAAUAACAAUCAGAAUUUAAUUGUUAAUAACGAAAUAACAGAUAGACUCACGAACACCUUUCAAAAUCAACUACACCUCAAGGAAGAAACCGAUUCACUUUGCACUUUAUCUGUUUCUUUAUCACACGACAAUAGCAAAGAAAGUUCUCUUUAAUAUUAAAUUUCUGCUUUGGUAUAAACAAUCCGUCCUUAAUACCUAAAUAAUGUUUAAUUCGUUUUGGCUUAGGAUUUUGCUAUAAAAUGG